AUGGUGAAUAUAGUUUGCACCCUUGGAAAUUACUGUCAGUCGCUAUUGUUUUUUCUUAUUGUAGCUAAAAAAUUAAGGGAAAUUAAACUAACUCUUUUCUGUUUUGCAGACCUCUCAGACAGGAAUAAACCAGACCACAUAAAAGUAUGUCAAGGACCCCUCUCCUCAAUCAAAGCAACCUUAAAAAGAACAUCUGCAAGAGCUUACUCCCCAACUGACCUCUCCAGAGAAAGAAGGCAUCCAGAGAUUACCAUCCUGUCAGCAGAGCCCCUAACUGCCACUUCCUGGUUUCCAGGGACAUCUGGACAUUUUUCCUCCUCAACAUUCACAACACAACCAAUCUGGAGUGAAGGCAUUCUGACCUCUGCUCCGCUCCCACCAUCCUAUGAGCAGGUGAUCAAGGAGAAGACCCAGGAGCAGGUUAGCACAACAACACCUCCUCCACGACGCUCUCACACAACCACUAUUGCCACCCAAACAGACUUAUUAGAGCAGAAUGUCACACAUCCAGAUUCCAGCACGUACCUGCAGCUGGUCCAACAGCACAGAUGCGGAGUUUCAGUAAAGCAGCCAAAGAAACCACCUCGUCCAUUACUGCCCUCUAAACCCAAACCCAUCUUCCAAGAAACUGAAACCUUCUGCCGUCGCGAAGAGGACACAGUUACCAUUCGCAGUGAUUCCCACAUCAAUGAGCAAAACUGCUCGUCAUUAACUCCUAACCCACAUCAGCUAAACACCAUAUUAACUGACUUGUCUGUGGCCAUUGUUGAUCUGUCCCCAACUCCACACCCUGUACCUCUGCCUCGUUCCAAAUCUAAACAGAGCCCAACCAAUGAUGCCAAUGUGCAACCUCUAAUUCCCCUACAACACAGCUGGGAGUUUUGUCCUGUAACUCCUCUGGGGAGUUCAAAUGUCAAUUCAGGAAAGCAUCUGAAGGAACUCUUAGAUGUCUUCAGUCAGUGUUAUUUGAGUAAACCUGUUGACAUUCAAGGAGAGCAGACAGACCAAGGUGAAGAGAACCCUUCUGAGAACAUGACCGCCCUACACAGUGACCGCAACAUCCGUGCAAAAAUCCAGGCCUUUGAAAGUCAAUCUAGCGCAGAGAAUGGUGAAACCCCCAUGCCUUUUCCCCGUCCUCGAAAAGCUUACUCCAAACCGCCAGUGCUGGCACCAAAACCCUCCAUUGCCACUCGGGGGGCCUCUUUCAAAAAACCCAAAGAGGAAGAGUUUCCAGCCUUUGACAACCAUUUAUAUGAAGUUGUUGAUAUAGUCCCUACUCCUGCUCCAAGACCUCAGCUUUUCAGAAAACCAUCCAUAAACUCAAAGAAGGAGUUUGACUUUCAGCCCCCCUUAAGGAAUGGCAUCAUUCCUCCAUCAAGACCCUCAUUGGUCAAAGUUAAGAGUGUAAGUUCCCAGGAUGAGGAAGCAGGAUUCAAAGGUCCCUCCAUUCCACUCAAGCCCAGCAAAGACAUGUUCAACCUCAACAAUCACAACUCUACUGCAUUGCUUCCAAACUCCACAUCCACACAGUUUAUGCAAAGCAAUGAAAAUGUGGAUGCUGCUAUCAACUUCUCUCCCACUACACCUGCCCGUCAAGGGGAAUUCAGCCAUACAGGACCAAACUCACAGGGAGUGACUAGGAGACCCACAGUCAUCAGAGUCCCCAGUAAAACUGACAAAUACUCUGAAGAGAUGGCAGAUGAUCCUCCUCCUUUACCUGUGCAGAAAGCUGUGGGUGCCCCCCCCACACCUGCCAAACCCUUUCACAAAGACUCCUUCAGGCUUUCAUCUGAUAUGUCUCUUCCACCACGGCCCAGUGGAGGAAAGGUCCUGCCUCCUCGCCCACCACCAGCCAAAACAGGACCAGGAAGACCCACUCCUCCGCAGAAAGAUGGCUCUCAGCGCCGCCCUUCUGCUCAAAGAGCUCCACAAGAGGUAUCAACAAAACCACAACAAUCUCAGUGGCAGCAACAAAGCCGUAGAGCUUCAAAAAAAGGACCUGCCCUACCACCAAGACCUAACCCUGGACAUCGUCUUUACAACAAAUACACACUUGAGAUUCCUCAUGGCAUUGCUGACUAUGACUACAAUGGCACUAAAAUGGGGGAGCUCUCCUUUCAGAAAAAUGAAGUCCUCGUCUUACUUGGACAAAUAGACAGCAAAACCUUCAAAUGCCAAGUAGGAAACGCUAAGGGCACAGUGCAGAAAACACAUAUGAAGAUUAUCACACCAUUAAUGAACUUGCCAAGCAAUCCAGUACCACAGAAGAACAGUCCAUCUCAGACUUUUAGUGGAAUGAUGGAAAAUACUGGCUCUUUACAAGUGCAAGCCCUGUAUGACUUCAUCCCAGAUGGACCAGGAGAGCUAGCUUUAAAAGCUGGUGAUGUGGUGUCUAAUGUAGAACAGCUGGACAGUGACUGGUACAUGGGGACAUGCAGAAACAACACAGGAAUCUUCCCUAUUAACUAUGUCAAAUCAUUGAAUAAGCCUGCCACAGCUGCCCUAGCACCCAUCAAUGAAUGGAAAACCAAACCAUCUCUUGAGCCUCUCAGUGGCCCAAGGUGUGUAGCUAGGUUUGACUUUGAGGCAGAGCAAUGCAAUGAGCUAUCAUUCUCUGAAGGUGACGUGAUUCGGCUCAAAGAGUAUGUGGGAGAGGAAUGGGCUCAUGGGGAGUUGAAUGGCCAGGUUGGUAUUUUUCCUCUCAACUUUGUGGAAGUUGUUGAAGAUCUCCCUUCAGCCCCAGUACACAAAUCUGCUCUCAACAAGAUUGCACUGCCUGGAAUGGCUGCUUCACCUACCAAACAAAUGUUUUUCAAAGCCAGUGAGGCUGCAUCUGAUGGUGGGGAGUGGGCUGUGGCACUGUAUGACUUCACAGCAGAAACGGAGGAUGACCUGCCAUUCCAGCAAGGAGACAGGAUCCUGGUCACAGCUCACAUAGAUGAUGAAUGGUGGAGUGGGAGGCUGAAUGGCAGAGCAGGGGUCUUCCCCAAAGCAUUUGUAGAGACCUAUACAGGUGGAUGGAAGUGACAGUAGAACUAUUCAGCUGAGGUUGCCUCACAGCAGCAGUGAUUUCUUCGAGGAUACCUGGAGUGUCAAAUCUUUUAAUUACCUUGUUUGAAAACAAACUUCAUUUUUGCAAACUUGUUUAUAAAUGUGGCUUUUCUCUUUUAUUACAAAUCAUAAAUGUAUAAAAGAAAAAUUGAUUAAAAACCUGUCAUGUAUUGUUUGAUAUAAAAUGUACAUUACACAGAAUUACUGUUUUUCAUCCCAUUCGAACAAUAAAUUGACCCAUACAAGUCAUUAUUAAACCGUGUUUGUGUGUAUCAUAACAGCCUUACAGCUUCAAAUGUCUAGACUUCGGUGACUAGAGUUUAUUCAGUAAACAAUGUUAUUUUGCAGAGCUUGUUGCAACUAUACCCAGGGCAGUAACUAUCAUAAUCAGUGAGGGGACAUUUGAGCCCCUCCCCAAAUUCCAAAUUAGAGGUUGAACAAUAUUAGUUUCUCAAUGGUUACAUCUCAAAUUAUGUUUGCCCCCCGCCCCCAAAUCCUUAACAUGUAGCUACAUACUUGGUUUUGUCUGAUAACGGAGCAUUUCAAAAGCAAGACCAGACUCAAAAAGAUAGGUCUAUGAUUUCAAAACAAUUAAGACUUGACUGCAGUCCUU